UUUUUCUUGAUUUUGAUCAGAAGAGUAGUUAAGGUUGAGAUUUGUGGGUGCUUUGUUUGAUUGAUUGAUUGAUUGAUUGAUUGAUUGGUUGAAGUGUUUUGUGGUUUGUGUUUUCGGUUGGAGAUCCAUUUUCUAGGGUUUGUGUGGUGUUCUAGGGUUUGGAGAUGCUGGAUUGGAGAUCGGGUUGAUGGGAUUUUCUGCGGUUGGAUCUCUCUGGGAAUCGUGUGGAUUUGGUGGGUGAUUUUGGCGUUGGAUUUGGGUUUGAUUAGUUAUGGAGCAAGACUGCGUCAGGGUUUCUCCUGGGUUUCGAUUUUGAGGGCCUUUUUGGUUCUAGGAUUUUUGCGGCGUUUGAUUGUUUUGGGUGAUUGUGAUUGUGGUGGAAGUUGUUUGGUACUGGAAAUUUGGGAUCUUGGUAGAAUUGAUUAGUGUUUGGAGAUGGUUUGUGGUGCUUUAAUGGAGUAGCAUUGGAGGUUGGGGAUGAGUGCGAGGACAUGGUGGAUGGGCAGGAGUGCUUUCAGUGUUUCUUUCCCUUGUUGGAGCAGCUUUCCUGGAAAUUAACAGGGAUUGCUGGACUGGGUGGUUCAUCAUCGUGCCAUGUCUCGCUGCUUCCCAUUUCCGCCACCCGGAUACGAGAAUAAGCUUGGUGUUCACGAAGAAUUGCUUGGAAAGGAGAAGCUCAAGGAAAAGAAACAGAAAAAGGACAAAAAGGACAAAGAAAAGAAAGAAGGCAAGAAAGACAAAAAGGAAAAGGAUAAAAGCAAAGAUAAACACAAAGAGAAGAAGAGUCGCAAGGAGAAGCAUAAAGAUAAGAAAAAAGAGAAGGAUAGAGACAAGUCUAAAAACAGGAUAUCUGAUGAAGGAAGAAUUGAAAACCAGGCAUCAGUUCGCAAUGAAGAAAAGCUUGGAGGUGAAAGCUGGAAUGCUGAGGAAGUUAAAGAUUCUAAAUAUAUCGAGGAGUUUGGUAGAAGGAUUAGAGAUGAAGGGAAGGGGGCUGCAAAUAGAAUGGCUGAGACUACUGGUUCCAUUCGGAAAGGAAGUGAAAGCAUUGGCAGUGGAAGUGCAAUUUCCAAUUCAGUUCACCGAAUUGCUGAAGAUGAUAUUAAAGCUGCUGAUAUUGAUGCAAUCAAAAGAAGAAAGGAUUCCAUGGGUACUGGAAUUACUGCAGUUGGUGGUUCAGGCCAAAAAGGAAUUGAAAACAUGCAAACUUGGAAUGCAAGUAUCAACUUACUUCAAAGGCGACCUGAGAUCAUGGGAUUGGAUGCUGCAGUCAGCAGUUCAGUUAAAAGAAGAAUUGAGAGCACCUGGACUGGAUCAACAAAUAGUGGGCUGUUUCAGGAUCGUAUUGAGAGCAUUAAUGCCAGAAAUUCUAUCAGUGGUUCAUUGGAAAAGAAAACUGAGAUCAGACCUGCCGGACCUGCAGUUAGUUAUGUUCAGAAAAGAGUCGACAGUAAGGUUGCUGCAGUUGCAAUUACCAGUUCAGGUCGAAACCGAACUCAAAGUAUGGCUGGUUCAAUGGCAUUGGAGAAAGAAAGAGGCACAGUUAACAAAAUGGUUCAGAACUUUGUUUGUGCAGAAGAAAGAAAUAAAAAUGGGGCGGGCAAGAUGGUCGAUCUGGAUGCAGAGAAAAGGAUUGAGGUUGAGGAGAGAGCCACAGGGAACAAGAUGCUUCCAAAUCUUAUCGGCGCAGAGGAUAGAAAAAUUAAUGGGAUGGGCAAACAAGUGGAAUCAGUUAUGGAGAAAAGUAGUGAGGCAAAAGAUAAGGCCAAAGACAGAGAACCUGAAAGGCACAAGGAGAAAAUUCGAGAAGAGAAGAGAAGCAAAGGAAAGGAUAAAGAUAAACGUAAGGAGAAGAAAAAGGAAACGGAAAAGAUGAGGGUAAAAGUUGAACACAAGCACAGAGACAAAUUGAAAGACGAUGGUAAAAAGGAUCUGGUAGAUAAUUUUAGUUGUAAGCCUGUGGUCCCUUGUGUUGACACUGUAAAGAAUACUGUUCCUGAUGUAACCAUCAAGAAGAGGAAGGACUUUGAGAUGAAUGGCACUUUACAUGAAUAUGAUGUGGGGCCUCAUAAACUUCUGAGACCGCCAUCUUCCUCCGAGUUCCCCAUAGAGAAUGGAAGGACAAUGGAGCUCAAUCAUUCGGUCACAACUAAUUCUUUCAUUAGGCAUGGAGCUUCAAAAAGUGUCAGUGUUAAGGCAGAGAGAGCCCUAGAUGUCAUGGACCGCAAGGCAAAUGGCAUCAAAGAAGCUGUUACAUCUGAAGCUGAAAUGAAACCUGUGUCUGUUGUAGCAACUACUACAAAUGGUAAAGUUUCUGCGAAAUCAUCACAUCCUGACGUGAAAUUUCUCCCACAAGUAUAUUCUGUUCCCAAAAUGGAUGAAUUGCCAGAGUUUGAUGACCCAGAAUGGCUGUUCAGUGAUAACACCCGGCCAAAGCCCAGACCUAAGCCUGAGGUUGGAGAAAUACCCCAAGUAUGGGCAGAGGCAUUGCAGAUUAAGUCUGGUGAUGUUCUUGCUCUGCCAUAUGUGAUUCCAUACUAAUAUGCAAGACGGCAACCAACUUGCAUAACAUUCUAAUUACAUUUUCUGUUAAGCUACAAGGGGAGCCACAGAUGCCACAGCUUUUUCAGGUAUGCGCUCAGACUUCUCAGCAUAAGUUAAUGCCUGCUUGCAACCUUACCGGGGAUCCGUAUUAGUGAUGUUUUACCACUUGUGUGCUCAGGACACACUGUAUCUGUGCAUAAUUUGCAGGAAUUUUGGAUUGAGAACAAGGUCUCCUUUGCCUGUAUGGGGUACGAAUAAUUGAUUGCUGUGUCCAAACUGAAUAACAUGGACAGAAGAAGAUGAUGAUGGAUGUCACUGGCAGCAGAGAUUGUUCUUGAUUUGAUAGCACAAUUUUGAUAUUUUUUUCAUGGCUGUGUAAAUUUUUCUUAUAACAAGAGGUUGUACAUUAAAGAGGAGGAAAAUUAAGGUCACGAUCAUUCAUUUA